AUGUUGAACACCAAAAAGUAUCCCUCAGCAAAGUCUCAUGGCCACCGAUCCCAAACACGCAUGUCCUCUACUAGCGAAGAACGUCUACAACGCCGAAAACUAAAAGUACAAACAUCUGAAACCUCAGCCUUCGCAGUCGCUCACACUUCAACAAUCUCGCUCCUGCACACAUGCACCCCACUGGCAGCUACAGAUAGAUAUACAUCUCUCUCCCCGUUGUGA